AUGCCCCAGUGGCUGUCAAGUCGAGGUUCUGGCUUUCUCACUCGCAGUACCACAGGUCAGCACUAUUCUUCACAAAACUUCGUCCGUGCUACCUUUCGUAGCCACAGUCGCUCACCGGUCUCGCUGCCGACGAGCAGGCGUCAUCUCCUUCUUCCAUACAGAAGUGGCAUCGCAAUGUCAGACGACUCGAACUCGCCUGCCUCAGCAGGCAAGCGCAGGAUUGAAAACAUCGGCCGUCACAUUCAGCAAGUCGCACCCUUUACAACUUCAUCGAAAUCACAAUCGCCACGACCGUUGCCGAACCAGGACAGCGCGGUGAACGAUGACCGCGAAAAGCUCGGCACCUUCACUCUUGGUCCCAACGUCGCAAUCCCUGUCUUCCAGCCCAAACUGCCCGCGCGCUUGCCCUCAGAUCGUUUAUUGCUCAACCUGGAUGACCCCAUCGCCCUUGAACACCUCGAAUUUCUGUCCAAGAAAUGGCAGCUGGGCCAAGAUGUUUUCCUGCUCUCUCCUCCCGGUCCAUACGCCCGCAGACUGAGUCUCACCUUUGCAUCGCUCAUACAGCUACCGUUCGAAUACGUCUCGUUUCAUCGUGACAUUGGUGAAGCGGAACUGCUUCAGACGAGAAGCUUGUCAGCUGGUGGCAACCUCGUCUUUGAAGACGGUCCUGUGAUCCGUGCCAUGAAGAACGGCCACCUUCUCAUCCUCGAAGGUGUCGAGAAGGCCGAGCGAGGCGUCACGCCCAUCAUCAACAACAUUCUCGAGAACCGAGAGCAGAACCUUGCAGACGGUCGCCAUCUGAUUCCUGCAGAGAAGCUCGCUGCUUUCCAACAAGAAGAAGCUCAGCACAAAGAGGGUGGAUCGAGUCGUUUCAUCCCCGUCCAUCCCAACUUCCGUGUCAUUGCCACUGGUGUACCUGUCCCUCCGUACCGUGGCUAUCCCUUGGACCCUCCCUUCCGAUCUCGUUUCCAGGCGAGAUGGAUUGAGGGCUCGGUGCAAUCGACUGUUCCCCUUCCUGAGAACCUGUCGGAAGAUGCACAACAGCUGCGUUCCCGCUGGAGCCAAUGGGCAGCCCUCCUGCGCUACCACACGACGCUUGCCCAAGGCAACGACGUCAUCCCACCCACCUCGCGUCUUCCCAGCCUGCCUACGACUGCACUUCCAUUGCUCACCGACAUCGUUAGCACCUUCCCACCGACAUCGUCAAUGACCAGCCUCGACUUCGAUGAAGCAGAUCCGGUCCUACCAAAAUGGCCACGCGACCUCCCUGAGGAAGCCAAGGACGUUGAGACUAGCGCAUCCACGAUGGCGCUACUCAGCUCGGCCUACCCGCAAGUCUUUGCUCUGGACCAAGAGAAACGCAAAACGCUCGAUUCGCUUCUCGGCCAGCUUCAGAUCCACGACCAUCAAGGUGAAGGGGCUGAUCAGGCUACUCUCGCCGCAACAGGAUUCAUGGGCUACCUCGUCGACAGCAUCGAGAGAUCCUCGCCCACCAGCGCCACAAUCACGUUCGCUCACGUUGCCGGUGCGGCUCCCAACGUGACGAUCGAGGCGCCUUGUGGUGGACUGGAUCUUUCACCCGUACCUCGCCUUGGUGACACGACCUUUUUGGGACAAGAGUUGAUCGUCACUCCGCGCGUGCUCUCGAUCUACAGCCGUCUGUUGCAGCUCCAUGCGCUCGGCAGAGACAUUUGUCUGGUACCUGCCAACAAGGCAGCUGUCCCUGACAAGCCAGGAGCCGCAUCGACGUCUGACCCGCUCGCAGCAGCGGCGCACCAACCCUCGUCGUCUACGACAACUUGCAUCGGAUUGAUGGCAGCUACUCUGGGUUAUGCAUUCGAGUCCGUGUGGCUGUGGAAGGAUCUAGGAGGUGGUGAGCUCCUCAUGCGUCGCUCCACUGCCAAGGAUGGAAGCACCACGUGGGAGCCCGCUCCGCUGGUUCGGGGAGCUAUGCAGGGCAAGCUCAUCCACCUUGCUGGCGUCGAUGUCCUCGGUCCUACCCUGGGAAGUCUCUCGCGCCUGCUGCAGGACCGAGAACUGGAACUGUGGAAUGGCGCCCGCAUGACUGAAGGCGUGACCGGAUCGCGAGAAGCAAAAGCCAUCGCGUCCACGGAUCUUCUGAAUGGACCGACUAUCGCGCCAGGCGAAAUCGUCCCUAUCCAACCCACCUUCCGCGUCGUCGCAACCGCAUCCAAAUCUACCGGCUGGUUGGACGAAGAAGCAUCCACCCUCUUCGCCAUCUGCAGCACACGUGCGAUGGACGAAGAUGAAGAACGACACAUCGUCCUCUCCCGCGUCGGUCUCGAUGCACCCACGUCCGACAUGAAGCGCAUGUUCCAUUUCGUCAACCGCUACCGUUCGCUCAGCGCCGAUCCUAAUCUCGGCCUCGCCAAAUCGCGAAGACUGGGUACACGACAGGUGAUUCGUAUGGCAUCGCGUCUCGCUCGCUGGCAAGAGGACUGCGACGUCCACGGUCUCAUUUGGCGUACGUUACUCGUCGAUUUCCUACCCAUCACCGUGCGCGAGGUGAUCGCCAACCUCCUCACCGAAUGUGGGAUCUACAAACCGGGUACAGAGGGAGCCUUCCAGUACGUCCCUCGUCUGUGGAUUGGCGAUCCGAACAUCGUCGCAGCUGGCGCAGACAGAGCAGGCGUACUUGAAUUCGCAGCAUCCGACGGCUCCGAUCGAGAAUACCCCGUUCGCUCCAUCCCACGCUAUAACGCCGACAAGCUCGAUCCCGAAGGCAAGACUCUCAUUCCCGAUCUAGGUGGAAGCUUCUACAACAAUGCCCAGCAGAGCAGUCUCAUCUGCUCCUUCGCCGAGGACCUAGUCUUGCUCAACGAGCAUCUCUUGCUGAUGGGCUCGCAGGGCACGGGCAAGAACAAGAUCAUCGAUCGAACGCUCGAACUGCUCGGUCGACCACGAGAGUACAUCCAGAUGAAUCGCGAUUCCACCGUCGCCGGCUUGCUCCAGCAGAUCGCGCUGGAAAAGGGUCAGAUCCACUACUACGAUUCUCCACUCGUCAGGGCUGUCAAGUUGGGAAGGAUCCUGGUGGUGGACGAAGCUGACAAGUGCUCGACGGCUGUUUCCGCUGUGUUUAAGAGUUUGGCGGAGAGGGGUGAGCUUAGCUUGCCGGAUGGAAGACGCAUCAGCCCUGCUCGAAAGGGAGAGCGUGUGCAGCAGAAAGUCGACGAUGGAGCGUCUCUGGGAGGUGACAUACUCGUUCACCCCGAUUUCCGUCUGGUCUUGCUCUCGAACCGACCGGGCUGGCCGUUCUUCGGAAACAAUUUUAUCGAAGUCAUCGGUGAAGGCUUCAGCUGUUACGCCGUUGCGAACCCGGAUAUCGAAUCCGAAGUACGACUCCUGAAAGCAGCCGCACCCAAUGUCGACGUCGAUCUUUUGCGCCGACUGGACCUGGCAUUCCAUGACCUUCGCGCAGGAUUCGAAUCGGGACUUAUCAACCACCCUUACUCGCUCCGAGAACUUCUCCACCUCGUAGCUCACAUGCAAAAGUAUCCGGAGGAGUCUCUGUCCUCUGUCCUGCUCAACACACUCGCCUUCGACCUCCACCGUCCCGAAAGCAUUCGAUGGGUCGUCGAAACGCUCCGAAAACGCAACCUCCCCAUCGAACAGCUCUCGCUCGACGUCCUACGCGAACAGGAUCUGGAACGAAUUCGCCAGGCAGAAAAGGCUGGCAAGGACGGUCUGAAACCCGAAUUCCACCCUGGAAAAGAGGAUUACGACCCGACCAAAGCCGGUCGGGCGACAAAUCUCAACAAGCCCAAAGAAGGCAAAGUUGAUCCGAACAACGAAGCGCACGUCGGAGGAAACACUUGGAAAGGCGGCGUUGGUGGACGCGAUACCAUGGGUCUCGGUGGACGUGGUGGUUACGGUCGACAGUACACAGGUCACAAGAUCCACCAGAUCAGCAAAGAGUUGAAGAAGGAUGUUCCCGAACACCUCAAGAAGCAAGCUAGAGAGAUGGCUCGGGAAGCACUGGAAAAGGAGCUGAAGGAGAACGGGAUGCAGCCGCACGAAGCCGUCAAUCUGCACGAGAUGAAGCAAAAAGUCGCUUCGCAGGUCCAGCACCUCUCCAACGUACUGAACGACCUCAAAGCGAAUCGAUACGAACGCUCCUGGUUGACCCGACAGCAGGAAGGAGAGUUGGACGAGCGUCGACUGUCCGAAGGACUAGCCGGCGAGCGGGGGAUCUUCAAGAGGAGAGCAGAGAUGCCUCCUGAUCCGGGUGCACCUCAGAUCAAACCUAAGCGCAUCCGAAUCGUCCUCGAUCUGUCGGCGUCGAUGUACCACAUGCAGUACGAUGGAAGAUUGGAGCGCGAGUUGGAGGUGGCGUUGAUGGUGAUGCAGGCGUUUUCGAGAUUGGAGGACGCCGCCGAGCGAUUCGCAGUCGAUAUCGUUGGUCACAGUGGUGAUAUGGACAUGAUCCCGCUGGUGGAAGUCGGAAGGAUGCCCAAGACCGAUGGCGACAUGUACAGGAUCUUGCGCGCCGUCGUCAGCCACACGCAGUACUGCGAUUCGGGCGACAACACCCUCAAGUGCAUCGAGAAAUCCAUCCGCCAAGUCAAACGUCACACCCACCACGCCGAAUCAUCCACCAAAGUCGACCCUACCACAGCAACAGGCGCACCACCCAUCGUCGAGGAGGACCCCAGCACUUCACCCAUGGACGACUACUUUGUGAUUGUCCUCUCGGAUGCUAAUCUUUCGCGUUACGGCAUCACCCACCAUCGUCUCGCUCAACUGCUUCGUCUCGAUCCUCAGGUCAAGACCUCGCUCAUCUUCAUCGACAAGGGCAGCGAGGCGCUCCACUUGGCCAAGCAGCUUCCUACCCAGACACACGUCGCCAGAGAGACCAAGGACAUUCCUCGCAUCCUCAGCAACAUUCUCACUAGCGUCGUGCAGAACUCAUAG